GUCUUGCAGCUUUGCCGAGAUUCUCGGUCCAUCGAUUAGUCGUACCAUGCUUUUCUGGUCUGUCCCCUAUGACCGUGAUGCAAUGGUGCGCAUGUUCGACGAAGACCUAUCUCCGUUUGUCAGGCAGUUCGAGUACGAGUGGCCUACUGGCAUCACGAAGGACACCGUGGUCCGCGCUAUUCAUCAGCGCACCACGCCGCACAAUUUUACCCGUGGCCUGGAUGAGGGGGACGCCGAGAGGCAGCGCAUUUAUGCGUGGCUAUUUCCGGAUGUUGCUGCUUCGGGAACUUUGACCACGCGCCUCUAUUGGCCAUGCAUUUCACCACUGAACCUUUUGAACUUCAUCCUGCUGUCCAUGCUGAGCCGUUACGCGGCCAUGGCCGCUUGGGCGAUGAUGCCUCUUCUAUUUGAUCACGAGCGGCCUCAUGCGGCUGGAGGCCAUGUGUUGCAGGCGUGGAUCGAGUACGUGGAGCGCCAUGGCCCUCUUCAAUGGCCCCAGCUGAUCAAUGUAUUGAGCCAGGAGGUGCCUCGGCGUUGCAUGUCUGUCGACCUCACUAUAUCAUGGAUUGUAUCCCGCCGGCAGCUGGGCCAUCCGGAAUCUAUCCUCUUUUGGUGCUACUACCGGGAGUACUGCGGUGUGGGACCUCUGGAGCAGGUGUAUUGGGAAGCGCUUAUGGUUGCCAUGUGCUGCGACGUUGUGCUGUCGCCCUCUAUGCUGAACCACGCUCCGCGCGCCCCUCCGCUUGAUAUGUUCUAUUACCUAUGCAAGAACAUUCGGGCGUUUCACGCACUGGCAGAGAGCAUCGCGCACUAUCUGCAGGGCGAGCGCACCGUACUCUCCGUUGCGUGUUUCGUGGACAUCAUGAAGGUGCACGGGUUCGGCCGCUAUCAUGGCCAGCUUUCGUACACGUCCGUGCGCUUCGCGCGUUCGAUCGUCCUGGCCGGUGGGCGUCAGCACGCGGAUUCGUCGGACGACUGGCGAGCGUUGCGUUCUAUGUCAUUCCACGUACGGAGGAAGAUCAUGAAAUGGGCGCUGUGGGAUCACGACACGGCUAUUCGUUUCCGAGAUGGCAUGCGCGAGCUCCUGUCACAGCCGCGUUACAGCUUGCUGGAUCUCAUAGUGUACACAUGCCUUAUGCCGCUCUGGCUGGCAGCUUCUUCUUUGUAUCUGAGCUUGGGCGCUUCUAGAGUGUUCGCUCCGGGUGACUUCGCGAACAUGCUCGGCGCUCCUGCCCCGGACGGCGACGACAAGCCUAUUCAGAAGAGCAAUCGCCUGUUUCCGUGGGCUACGGCUCCGGCGCAGCUUCUGAACGCGUGCGGCUCUAACCGCAUAUCCGAGGCCGAGCUGCCGGAUUUUUGGAAGGUGCUUGCGCAGGGGAACAAGGCUGUGCCGUUCUUCUAUGAGGGCGUUGAUGCAGAUCCAAUGCGCCAAUCUGUCGGCGCGUCGCGCGCCGCCCAGGCCAUGGAGGCCUUCGUGGUGGACGUGGCGCAUGCGAAGCACUUGGAGAGCGUCGUGAAGCCGGACCUGCUCAAGAACGUGAAGAAGGAGGCUGAGCAGCUAUUGCCGCACUUGCGCACGUUGAACGCUGCAGGCCUGCCGACGCCUGGUAGCCAGACGAAGGAUGGCCGGACGAAACUAGUCAAGCGCCAGCGCACGAAUGCCACAGUGCCGGAUCCUCAGCAGGUCUCGGCUGCUGCGACCGCUCUAUACGAGUGGAUCCAGAAGAAGCCCUCCGACCUGAAGUUCCUCAUGCUGACGUUCGGUGCGAAUGGGCUAUCGCACAACGCCCAGGUGCACGAGAAGUGCCUUCGGUCGCACGUCGCGCAGCAGUCUCUGGACAAGGAGGCCUUCGCGUCUAUGAUGCUCAAGCGCUUUGAGGGCGUGCCGGCGUCUACGUCGUCGGGGAGUGCCGGUGGGCUGAUGGCGUUCAAGGCGUAG